CUCAUGAGCAUAAGCAUCAAGUGCUAGUUUGUUCUCCGUUUUGUAUGAAUAAAAAUAUUUCGCUGGGAGGAGUAUCUGCUCCUAGCACAUAAAGUAGAUACUCGUCCAUACAAGUCUGCAGGAUUGGGAAAAGAUUUUGUUGGAACUCAUGGAAGGCAACACAAAUCCAGUACUUGCAAAAAGUCUAGGAGCAUUAUCCGUCGGCAUACAACAAACAGAGACAGAAAUCAGCCACGAAGAUAAAAUCCCUAGGCAAUCAACUUCUGCUUCUGAAACGAGUGCAGCAAAUGAUGAUACUAUUAGCACAGUACAACAUGCACCUAAAAAAAAGAAACACAAUAAAGUUAGUCCUCUCGAAGAAUGUGAAACAAACGUUACUAAACAUCUCUCGAAUAACGAACUACAAAGACUAGUUUUGCUGAAACAACUGACAGUGUUAGAAAUGAAAGAGGAAAAACUCAAGAGACAGCUAAACAGAGAUGUUGAUGAAGAAUGUAAUUCAAGCAAUAAUAAUAUCAUUCACGGUGAAGAUGGACAAGCAUAUUUCAAAUUAUAAUACUCUUUAGAAUCACUUACGAAAUAAAAGAAUUGUAACAUGUGACAUUUUUCUAAAGUGUUAAUAAUAGAAAUGAUAAAUGCGUAAUUUCUACAUUUUACUUACUUCAAGCAAGAGCAACAAUGAUAUUCGCUAACUCAGAUCUCCUCCGUUGCCCCCUUCUUCUAAUAUUAUUAUUGUCCACCUCCUCUUCUGCAGAAUACGCAAGUGG